AUGGAGCCGCCGCCGCCUCCUGCUCCGGCGACCCACUCCGCGCCCGUCCGCGUGCUCUCCCGCACUCCGCCGCCGGCCUCCCCGACCCCCUCCUCCGCGGGCCCCGCCCCGUCGCCCGCCUCCCGCGACGGGGUCGUCGCCGUCGGCUUCGUGGGCGGCGCGGGGAGCGCACGCCUCGCGGACCGGAUCCUCGACGGCCACGUCUUCUCCCCCGGUGGCUCGGCGGGGAGCCUCGCCGGGAGCGUCAGGUAUCACCGCGACGCCGUCAGGAGGAUGGUGUUCCUUCACCUCACGCCGCCGCCCGCGCCGCUCGAGGCGGUGGCAGGAGGCUGCCGCGACGGAGACCUCCCGGAGAUGCUCUUCAUGUUCUCUGUCUGCCACGUAAUUAUAUUUCUGCAAGAAGGCUUCAGAUUUAACACACAAACCUUAAAGAAGUUCCGACUGCUGCAAUCUUCAAAGCAUGCUCUCGCUCCAUUCGUCAAGUCAUUGGUAGCAGCUGCAAUGCCUGCCAAAGCUGUUGCCUCUGACACCCCAACAAGAGCAACCCACAGGGCUUCCUCCAUCUCCCCUCCAGCGCGCCGUGGAGGUCACUCAGGUCGUCAGUCCUCGGCCAUCUCACUUAUGUCCGGAACCAGUUCAAAUGCUUCUGUACUGCCAGGCCAAUGCAUUCCUAUAUUGCUCUUUGUCUUUGAGGAUGAUGCGCUUGAUGUUUCAAGUGCUGCAGCAAGUUCUGAUGAUAUGGGUGAUGCAUCUUCAUCAAAUCAGGGUUCUACCUCUGAUGGAUUAUCAAAACAAAGCUUAGCUUCAAAGAGUUCUGGUUCAGUGGUUAUGUUUGCCCGAGCAGCAAACAAAUCUGAGGGUAAUUCAGGCAAAAAACUGCAUUCAUCCCUGGAGGGACAGAUCCGUGUCUUGCUCAAGAAGUGCAGGGUACUUGCAGGCAUGGAGCCAGGGCAUAUUGGCCCGAGGGGUGUAAGUAACAUGAGUCAUCAUUUACCCCUGUUCUCACUCGAUACCUCGAGGGUUGUUGCACUGUUGGAACGGUACAUUAAUAAGAAACGGGAGCCACUGGACAUCAUUGCAGGACUAUUUGAAGACUCUUUGUGCUCCAAAUCACCAUUGGAUAUUCUUUCACUGGAAAACAACUACCACCCAACAAACCAUGAUGACUUUCAGUUGAUCAAGGAUUUUAUAUUUCGGCAGUCUGAUGCGCUGAGAGGGAGAGGGGGAUAUUCAAGCAAUGCAAGUGCUGGGUCUGUUGCUGGUGUUGGCAUGGUGGCUGCUGCUGCUGCUGCAGCAGCAGCAUCAGCUGCAUCUGGGAAACCAGCUAAUGCACCUGAUCUCCCUACUUUUGAUAAAUGGUUGUCCAUGAGUACCUCUAUUCUGACUGCACUGCUGAGUGGUCAGUCUGAAAGCAAGACUAAUACAAGUCCUAGUGAGAAGAAUGACCAACUUCCUGCUGCAGGAUCUAAUGCCAUUGAGAUCGCAUUAUCGUGCUUGGAAAGUUAUAAUGGGCUGAACAUGAAAUUUUCUUCAUCAUGGUGCCAAAGGGUGCUUCCAGCUGCUAAGGAGAUUUACCUGAAAGGUUUGCCUGCCUUUUACCCCACAAGCAUGCAUGAAGUGCAGCUACAGAAGGCAUUGCGGUCCUUUGGCUCGAUGGUUAAAGGACCAGCAGUCAGGGUAUUCUCAAAGAAGCUAGAAGAUGAGUGCCAGGCAAUAUGGGAAUCUGGAAGGCAGCAAUGUGACGCUGUUAGCCUAACUGGCAGACCAUGUAAGCACCGCAGGCAUGGCGAUUUCUCUUCUCCAGAUGCAAUGAAACCACAUUCUAGUGGAUAUGUCUUCCUCCAUGCAUGUGCCUGUGGCCGGUCACGUCGCCUUAGAGAUGAUCCUUUUGACUUUGAGACAGCCAAUGUGUCUUUUAAUUGUUUCCAAAAUUGCGAUGAUCUACUACCUACCCUUGCGCUUCCAAGAGGCAGCGAUGCUGGUUCAUUUUCAGUAUCCUCUUGGCGCUUGGUGCGUCUCGGAGGAGCAAGAUAUUACAAGCCAACAAAGGGGCUCCUCCAAAGUGGAUUUAGCUCCAAGGAGAGGUAUCUUCUAAGGUGGAUUAUAUCUGUUGGUAAGGGGCAAGUGAGACAUGGCAUCCGUUCUAAUACUGUUACCUCAUCCACAAGAUCUGGUAUGAACCCUCAGACUCCCCCAAUAGUCACUGGUGAAGUAAAAUCUGCUGUAACCCAAGUCACAGCACAAAUUAAAUCUGCAAAGCUCGAAAGUUCUGGAAAACAACCUGAAAUGGAACCAAUGAGCAACUCAAGUAUUAAUUUUGGUAAAGGUCUGCCAAAUUUUACUAUGAAAAAACCCUUUGCUGAAGUUGUUGCUGGCACCACAUCAAAAGAUUCCGAAUUUCCUGCUCUUCAGCAGAUGAGGCCACCGAAACCUGGUGGUCGAAAAGAUAAGCGCCAAAUGAAUGUAGGAGACCAGAUUAAUGGCCGGGGUCAUGCGGCUGUCAGCCAAGGGCCUGUAGCUGAAACUGAAUCCGCGAAAGCAAGCAGAAACAAGAGUAGUGAAAAUUCUGAUGGGAAGCCCUUUUUACAGAUAGGGAGCAAUAUAGUACCAGUGAUUGUUGGAAAUGAGACUAGAGAAACUAGUCUGCUGGUACAACAGUUUGUUGUGUAUGUUGGAUUUGAGCAUGAGUGUCCCUAUGGUCAUCGCUUCUUACUGUCAGAGAAACAUAUGAAGGAGAUUGAUUCUUCCUGUUUGCAGUAUCAAAGACCUCAUGUAAACAAAGAAGCAGAAGGCAAGCAUGCACAAAAGUUGCUCCAAAAUGCAUCUGGUUUAAUUGCAUCUGCAGUGGACAUAAACAGUGCACGGAAAAACAGUAAGCCAUUGCAAUCAUCAGGGAGAAACAGCCAGCAGCAAUCACUUGAGCUGAGGGUUGAUGCAGAGACUUCACAACCUUCUCCUUGGCUUUCAGAUCCACAGAAUGGCAAAAGGGGGGAGCAUUAUUUUCCAAGCAUUACAAUUGAUGAUGGCGGAGAAGCAUUUUCACUGAUGAACAGAAACUUGCCAAUAUAUAUGCACUGUCCACAUUGCAAGAUCUCAGAAAGGAAGGAACAUCAAGAUGUAAAGUUUGCUGGUGCCGUGUCGCAACUUCAACGGAUUUUCAUUGUGACACCUGAUUUCCCUGUCCUGCUGACAAGCUGCCCACUUGUACAGUUUGAGGGGUCAUGUUUGCCAUCGAAUGUCUCUGAUCAUGAUCGAGAAGGAUCAUUCAGUAUUGGGUGCCGAGUUAUCCUCCCACCUGAGAGCUUUCUUACAAUGAGGCUUCCUUUUGUCUAUGGUGUUGAGACAAAAGAGGGAAGUACAUUUCCCCUCAAAAACUUUGAGCAACAACCAGAACUCACAGCAUGGCUUGUUGGAGGCACAGCCUUGCAAAUCGUAUCGGUAGGGGACGUCACUGAGAAAGAAACCAUUAUGAAGUGA